AUGCCGGGUCCCAAGAUCACGUUCUAUGUCGACCUCGUUAGCCCAUUUUCAUACCUUGGAUACCACAUCUUACGGAACUCCUCGGCCUUCAAAAAAUGCGAAAUCACAUACGUUCCAAUUUUCUUAGGAGGGUUGAUGCAUGCAUGUGGUAGCAGUCCGCCAAUCACCAUCAAGAACAAGAAGGAAUAUUUAGAUAUGCAGCGAGUCCGAUGGGCCGGGUACUUCUCAGUCCCGAUUGUUAAGGAAUUCCCGAAAGGUUUCCCCUUCAGCACAUUACCCGUGCAACGUGCGCUGUGUGCCGUCUCUCAGAAGACACCCGAGAAGCUCCCUGCCGUCCUUGACGCGCUGUUCCACGCUGUCUGGGUGCAAGGGAACACAUCUGUCGGAGAGCCUGAUGGCUUUGCGUCCCCCUUGGAGGGUGUACUUGGGAAGGAAGAGACGCAAUGGGUUUUGUCUGCAAUGAAACAACCGGACAUCAAGGCCCUUCUGACCGCGAACACUGAUCGUUCUUUUAGAUCUGGGGCUUUUGGACUGCCAUGGUUUGAGUGCACGAAUUCCAAGGGCGAGACCGAAGGCUUCUGGGGUGUUGAUCACUUGGGCCAGGUCGCUGACUUUUUGGGUUUGGAUCGCGCCCUCGAUAGGGGAUUUAGAGCAGCUCUCUAA